UAAACAAACUACUGGACUCGAGUCGAUAACACGGAAGGGGCGGGGGAAGACUAGAGAGAGAGAGAGAGGAUCCAGCUAGCGGGAGGAGGCCAUGGGCAACGCCGGGAGCGCGCCGGAGCAGGCCAAUAACUCCGCGGAUGGGGCUGCCGACGCGGAGGCCCGCCGCGCGCCGCCGUCCACGGUCCGUUUCUUCCCCGAUGCGGAGCGCCAAAAGGCCCGGCAGCCGCCGCCGAUAAAGCUCGAGGAGGAGGAAGGCGCCCCGCCGCCUCCCGCCACCGAAGAGGAGAUGGCCCCGCGCAACCUCUGGCAGGUGUAUGCACUUGGGGCGUUCAUUGUGUUGAGAUGGGCCUGGGCCAAGUGGAAGGAGAACCAGGACAGAAAUGACUCAGACUCGCCUGAUGGGGAUGGAGGUGCACCGGAGGGGUCGACUUGAUCAUGGUUUGGUGCAUCCAUGGACUUGGCUCUGCAUCCAAGUGGAAGAUCGGUUCGCUGAUGAUGAUGGAUCACUCUACCCCCAUCACAUAGUUGUCACCGAUGUUGCUAUGUGGUGGUGGAGUAUGUAUUUUGCUGACAUUUUGCAAGCGACAUUGUUUCUAUGUGUACUCUAGUAAAUUCCUUUUCAUCUCAGAUUUAUUACGGUUACAGUCUGUGACGUUAUAGAUCGCCUGCUUGUUUCCAACUUGCA